GUGAAAUAAACGAGUACUUAUUUAUGUCCUUUCGAUUGCUUACAGGUUGAGUCGUUGUUGGCCAUAACACGCUACCAUUCUGCUAAUGAAUGCUGAUUGGUCAGUGAAGGACUGAUUACGACCAGAGAUCCCAUUGGAUGGCAUCUAAAGCGGAACCAGAAUUACCAAACCAUGAAUGUUGUGGGCAAGUUUGCGGAGACGAUGUUUGGGACGGCAAAGGAGCUGUACCGUGGCCUUAACCCCGCCACUCUCACUGGAGGGAUCGAUGUCAUUGUGGUGCGACAGCCUGAUGGAUCGUUCCAGUGUUCCCCCUUUCACGUCCGCUUUGGCAAGCUGGGUGUGCUGCGUUCCAAGGAGAAAAUUGUGGACAUAGAGAUCAAUGGAAAAUCAGUUGACCUGCACAUGAAGCUGGGUGACAAUGGAGAAGCUUUUUUUGUGGAAGAAAAUGAAAACAAGGAGUUGCAGGUCCCACCCCAUCUGUGGGCUGAAGAAACCCCUGAGGGAUCCUCCAUCACCGGUUCUCACACUCACCUGACAGAAGAGAAUUACGUUGUCCUAUGGACAAACACAAAAGAAGAAAACACAAGGCAGCCCAAAGCCACAUUGGAUGACUUCUACAGUCAUGAAGUGGCGGGCCUCAGCCAGGAAGCUAUGAUUACUUCCAGCCUAUCAACAGAAAUCCUCAGCGCCACUCAGUGUAUCACCCAGAUGUACCGCAAAUUACCGCUACGUCUGACCUCUAAUCAGAUAGAGCAGUUAAACCUGUGUGAGGGAGCCAACAAGGUGGUGUUCAGUGUCACCACACAAUACCAAGGCACCUGCCGCUGUGAGGCUGCCAUCUACCUGUGGAAGUGGGACGAUCGUGUCAUCAUAUCAGACAUAGACGGCACAAUCACUAAGUCUGAUACUCGGGGUCAAAUUCUACCUCGGUUUGGAAAAGACUGGACACACAAAGGCAUCGCCAAACUCUACCACAAAAUACACCAAAAUGGCUAUAAGUUCCUGUAUUGUUCAGCACGGGCCAUAGGUAUGGCUGCCAUCACUAAGGACUACCUUCAGGGUGUCAAUGACAACGGCUUUGUCCUCCCUCAAGGCCCUGUACUGUUGGCCCCAAGCAGCCUCUUUUCAGCACUACACAGGUAACAAAUAAUCUGUACAAAUAACUAUACCUUUA